UUCCAUCAACCACUUUGGUGGAACAAGAAAUAGAUAUCUCGUUGUCCUUUAACCACCUAAUACCACUACAACCACCGCGCCCACCACCACCAUCUUGACCAACUCUAGCCGCCAUAGCCCUCAAUCUUCAAGCCCAAAGAAAUGCGUGACAACCCACCCCCUUCAACUGCAGCUGAUCUGGUGACGGACCCCGAUAUGCCUUCCACAAUUGCCUGUGACUUCCCUGAUGAACUCCCCUCCUCUUCUCUUUUCGACUGGUCCGAUUUUCUCGAUUUCGAGCUUGAUGAUAGUAUAAAUCUGUCCUUUGAGCCCACCGACCCACAACAAAAUAUCCCGCUCCCAGAUUCGGAACUUGAAGCUGGAGUUGAACGGGGUCAAAGUCAAGAGACUGAUAUUUUUGGUCGGGUCAGGAAGAGGGACCCGAGGUUGGUUUGUCCAAACUUUUUGGCGGGUCGAAUCCCCUGCGAGUGCCCGGAGCUAGACGAGAAGCUGGAGGCGGAGGAGACUGGCGGUGUUCUCCCGGGGAAGAAGAGGGUCCGGUCUGUGAGAGUUUCAGGUGGAGCCGCGCCGGCUCGUUGUCAGGUGCCGGAGUGCGAAGCAGAUAUUAGUGAGCUCAAAGGGUAUCAUAAGAGGCACAGAAUUUGCUUGCGAUGUGCAAACGCCAGCUCGGUGGUUCUUGACGGGGAGAGCAAGAGAUAUUGCCAGCAGUGUGGAAAGUUUCAUAUUUUGUCAGAUUUUGAUGAGGGAAAACGGAGUUGUCGGAGAAAAUUAGAACGUCACAAUAACAGACGCCGAAGAAAACCCAAUGAUGCCAAAGGCAGUUUUGAGAUGGAACCUCAACAGGUCACCUUAGCUGAUAAUGUUGGAGGCGAUGAUGACACUCUGAAAGAUAUGAUACACUUGAGCAGUCAAAUGCCAGAAAGGGAAAUUGUUAUAGAGUCGGAAGGGCAUGCAUCAACACUAAGCUCGGCUCUUGGUUCCCAAAAUAUCCCAAGUAAAAGUGUAUUAUCUGCGGACUUUGUUGAAACUCACCAUGAUGAGGAUAAGGAGAACCCAAAAUACACGAACUCCACAUCCUGUCGUGAUAACAAGAGUGUUUUCUCUUCUUUGUGUCCUACUGGUCGAAUCUCCUUCAAGCUCUACGAUUGGAACCCUGCAGAGUUUCCUCGGCGACUUCGGCAUCAAAUAUUUGAAUGGUUGACUAGCAUGCCCGUUGAAUUGGAAGGGUAUAUCCGUCCGGGUUGUACAAUUUUGACUGCUUUUGUUGCAAUGCCAAAGUUUAUGUGGGUUAAGUUAUUGGAGGAGUCUGCUGUACGUAUACAAGACCUUGUUGUCUCACCUGGAAACAUGUUAUCUGGAAGAGGCACGAUGCUUGUGUAUCUUAAUGACAUGAUAUUUCGUGUCUCAAAAGAUGGUGCUUCUGUAGUGAAAGUCAAGGUCAAGGGACAAGCUCCAAAGAUUCAUUAUAUUCAUCCAACAUGCUUUGAGGCUGGCAAGCCUUUAGAAUUCAUUGCCUGUGGAAGUAAUCUACUUCAACCAAAAUUUCGGUUUCUUGUAUCCUUUGCUGGCCGGUACCUGGCAUAUGAUAUUAGCGUUUCAUCGAUUUCUUGCGAGAAUGAAGGGAACAGCAACAGUUUAGACCAUCAAUUAUUAAAGAUACAUGUCCCUCAUACUGACCCUGAUAUUUUUGGCCCAGCAUUUAUUGAGGUUGAGAAUCAGUCUGGCUUAUCCAACUUCAUUCCAAUUCUUAUUGGGGACAAACCAAUUUGUGAAGAAAUGGCGAUAAUGCAACAAAAGUUUGAUACUUCUCUUUGCUCUGAUGGGCACCAGUUUGCAGAUCCAACAUUGGCAUGUGAAGUUUAUGCCUUAAGAAAGACAGAAUAUUACGAGUUUUUGUUGGAAGUUGCAUGGUUGCUCAAGGACCCCGUGUUAGAGCUUCAUUUGACGGUUGCUCAGAUACAAAGAAUCAACUACUUAUUGAACUUUUUGAUUGAAAGAGGGUCGACAGUCAUUUUAUACAGAGUAUUGUCCCACAUGAAAACUGUAAUGGAUAAGUAUUUGGUUACGGGUGUUCCUGAUGCUGAUAUGAUUCUACUUUGGAAGAUUUUGAAUAAUGCAAGAACUAUACUUUGUCAGAAAUUACAGGAAAAAGACUACACAGUGACGCUGACGCGUGUGACAGAUGGAAAUGAUUUAAGUCAAACUUCCCAAAAUGAUCUUCGAAUUGAUGUUCAAUUUUCCAAUCAGGGUUCGGAAAAGACGGCGAAGGAUAAUUUUGAGGCCAGAAUAUUUUCAUCUCCUCUUGAUGAAAGUGCAACAAUUCCUCUUUUGAGUCAAGAAGUGGUCACAAGCCUAAAUUCAAAGGGAAGGCCAGGAAAGCCAUGCAGUCGCUUAUUUACGAAAACAUUUUUGAUUUCUCGACCUGUUAUCUUUGCAAUUGUUGCUAUCAGUGUUUGUUCUGGUAUAUGUGCAGUCAUCCUCCACCCUCAGAGAGUUGUUGAGCUUGGGACGACUCUACGGAGGUGUCUGUUCAAUAACUGAUUGUAUUCAUCACAUAACUGAUCCAAAAUGUGCACCGUGUAGGAUUCGAGUUCAUUGCACCAGCAUAUCAAAGCCACUUUCUCGACAUUGAUUGCCAAAUUGAGUACGAGCACGAUUGUGGCUUCUGGGUAAGUGCUCAUAGUGUUGCUUCCAUCAACCUUGAGAAUCUGGAUCAGAUAUGAUGGAGAGGAGUUUUAUAGUUCCUGGUUUCGUACUCUGGUGUACCUCUCUACCUUCUGAUGUAUUGUAACUUUAUAGGUCAGUAGUUAUUUUGUACAGUUAUUUGGAUGAUAACUAAUUUGUUUUAAAUGAGAUGGCAAUGUUAAUAAUUUGUAGUAGUAAAUAUAAUACUUUGUGAUUUG